AUGGGGGUUGUGAUGGAUUGCAAUGCGGACAAUGUCGCAUUGACAUUUGCUGGGCUACUAAAGGAGCCAGAUGGGGACCUCGGGGACGAGGAGACACGAGCGGAGGCUGUCGAUGUGAUUUCAUGCACGGCAGGCCAUGUCAUCCCAACUGUGGAAAUUGUCAUUAAUGUUUUUCAUUCGACUGGUGAAGUUUUCAGGACGGUCAAGUUCUGGGGAUACAUUCGAUUGAUGAUCGGACAAUGA